AUGGCUCAACGAAAAUUGCUAACAAAUGACUCUAAAAAUCCUUCCGAUGCCUCACCAAGUGAAAUAGAUGUUGAAAUAGAUCACGACAAACAUGCAAAUCUAGUCGAAAAUGAAUCAGACGGUUUAGAAACAGCAUGCUAUCGUAAAUGUCAUGGUCAAUUUUCAUUAAACGAAACAGAAAAUCAUUUUCAAUAUGAAAUUCCACUAGAUUUUAGUCCAUUUGAACGAAAUUUAUCAACAUUUACUCAAGAACAGUAUGAACGUCUUGAUGAAUUACUCUUGAAUGGUAGCACAAUAUUUGAUUUACAAAAAUUAUUCCAAUCGAAACGUUUGACAUCCUAUGAACUAUGUUUAUAUUAUUUAAAACGCAUACAAGAUAAAAAUAAAUAUUAUAAAGCUAUUUUAGAAUUAAAUCCACAAUUAUUAAAUGAUGCAAGAGAAAUUGAUAAAAACAGAACAGUUGAACAACGUUCACAAGUUUAUGGAUGCGUAGCGGCAUUUAAAGGUAAUAUUUCAAUAUCAGGUUUAUACAAUGAUUGUGGUUCGUAUGUGUUACAUUCAAAACGUAUGAUUAUUGAUGCUCCUAUCGUCAAAUAUUUUCGUUCGCAGGGUGUCCUAAUUCUUGGUCGAUGCAAUUUAUCUGAAUGGGCCUAUGGUAUGACCACAAAAGCGCCAAGUGGUUUUUCUUCUGUAGGUGGCCAAUGUUUACAUCCUGAUGACUAUCAUCAAGAUAUAUCUGGAUCAUCAUCGGGUUCUGCAUGUGCUUUAAGAUUAAAUAUGUGUACAUUUACAAUUGGAACUGAAACUGCUGGAAGUUUAUUGAGUCCAGCAAUGCAUGCCAAAAAUGUGUGUUCAUUGAAGCCAACGCAGGGAACGUGGCCCAAUAACGAGAUUAUACCAUUAAAUUAUGAUCAAGAUACAUGUGGACCAAUGACAAAAACGGUAGAAGAAUUAAUUUUCUUGCAUCAGAUCAUCUCUAAACAAUCGAUAAAUGAAAGAAAAAAUAUUUGCGUUGGAAUUAUUGGUGAAAAUGUUAAUGAUUUUUCACUAUUAACUCAAAUUUGUCAUCAUUUAAAUUAUUCAGUUGUUAAUUUAAAUAAAGAAAAAUCGAUUAUUAGUGAUUUUUUAACUAUCGUUACCGGUAAUCCUUCAACAUCUUCAAUUUCAUUUACUGAAUUUUUAUGUUAUGCAAUGAAACGAGAUAUAACCGAUUAUUUAUCAUCUCAUUCAACACUGUACGAUAAUUGUUCAUCUCUUGAUCAAGUAUAUACAUGGAACAAAGAACAUUCCAAGUAUAUACCAUACGGACAAGAAUUAUUUACAAAAGCAUGUGAAGAAACAAUUACAGAAGAACAGUAUAUCAAUUAUAAACAAGCAUUAGAACAAGCUUGGACAAAUUUUAAACAAAUAUGUAAAAUUAAAAUGACGUCUAAUAUAAUGAGAGAUGGUCCUCCUAAUUUUAAAGAAAAUCGUACAUUAUCUGCUGAAUCAACAACUUCAGAAGGAGACAAUAAUGAGUCGAUAACGCCACCACCUGCCUACAAUUGGGAAAAAGAUAAAAGAAAAUCAAAAAUAUUUGAUGAUGGAACAAUAUCAUUUUUUUGGCGUACCCAUACGGUAACCGUAUUAACAAUAUCAAUGGCCAUUUUAUUUUAUGUGGCCAUAUUUGAAAAACAAAAUCUUGAUUCUAGUUUUAAUACAAAACGAGGUUUAUUAGCAUGUUCUAUAUUUUUUCUGUUAUUUGGCGUUGUUAUCACCCCAGAUGGGCCGUUCAUUCGACCACAUCCAGCAUUAUGGCGUCUGGUACUAUGUUUCAGCGUUUUAUAUGAAAUUUUAUUAAUUUAUAUUUUGUUCCAAAAUGUUGAUGAUGCGAGACAUUUAUUAACUCAUAUUGAUCCAGAAUUGGGUAAACCAUUACCAGAUAAAGAUUAUGGUGGAAGUUGUCGGAUUUAUGAUUGGGAAAAUCCAUCAGAUCCAUUUCAUUCAUUCAGAGAUAAAAUGGAUGGUUUUGUGUUAUCACAUUUUUUUGGUUGGUGGUUAAAAACAUUGAUAUUACGUGAUUUUUGGUUAUGUUGGGUAACAUCAAUUGGUUUUGAAGUAUUGGAAUAUUCAUUAGAGCAUCAAUUACCGAAUUUUAGUGAAUGUUGGUGGGAUCACUGGAUAUUAGAUGCUUUGAUAUGUAACGGUGGUGGCAUUUAUUUGGGACUGAAAACGUGUGAAUAUUUAAAAAUGAAACCGUAUAAUUGGAGAGGAAUGUGGAAAAUUCCAACUGUUAGGGGUAAAAUAAUGCGUGUAUUAGGACAAUUUACUCCGCACGAUUGGUUAGAAUUUUCAUGGCGUCCACAAUCAUCGUUAAAGCGUUGGUGUGCAAUGUUGGGCAUAAUAACGAUGUUAUUUUUAGCUGAAUUGGGCACAUUUUAUUUAAAAUUUAUUCUUUGGAUACCGCCGCCUCAUCUCCUUUGUUUAGGAAGAUUAUUAUUCUUUUUACUAGCGGGUGGAGUGGCUAUGAGGGAAGUAUUCGAAUAUUUGGAUAACAGUGAAUGUAAAAAGUUUGGUCGUCAAUCGUGGCUAAUAAGUGCAAUUAUUAUUACUGAAGUUCUAAUUGUAUUAAAAUUUGGUUGGAAUAUUGUUACUUUACCAUUUCCAUUUCAUAUUACCGUCCUUUGGUUAACAAUUAUUAUUUUACUGUUCCUAUGGACAGUUUAUCAAUUUUGGUUUAAAAAAUUGAUUCAUUGGCAUCAUCGACGAUCAAGUGCACCUGUCAUACAACUUCAAUCAGAAACAGAACAAUCAACAAAUUACUCGUCUGAUGAUAAUAGUACACUGAGACGUCGAACUAUUUUGGAAUAA